AUGUCUGAACGAAAACCUUUUACCGUUAAAGAACUUACAGAGGAAGCGAGACAUUUUGUCUUCGAUUCACGGCUUUCUUUAGCACGUUGGAUCAACGUUUGUAAAUCGCUUUUACAACAGGCCGAUGUUUAUUAUUAUGAGCAUGAUUUUGAACAAGCUUAUGUUUUAUAUUCACGGUUUACAUUAAUAGUUUUGGAGUAUCUCCCAGAUCACAAGGAAAUGGAAAAGAGUCACAUAACCCGACAAAAUAAAGCAAAAGUCAAAUUACUCAAAAUAGAUACUAUGAGUGCUCUUGACAAGAUGGAAGAAAUUAAGCCAAUCAUUGAACAACGCGUUGCUGCAUGGGACUACGAACAAAAGGAAAGGGCUCGAUUGAUACAGUAUGAACGAGAAGCUCAGAUAAAUCAUUAUCAAAAACAAUAUCGAGAAGCUCAGCGACGCCAGUCCCAAGGAAUAACUGAUCGAGAGUAUGAAAAAUUGCUUUUUGAUAUUCAAAAACUUCAAGCUCCUGGGAGCAGUAGUACCAAGUCGUCAUCGAGUGCCGUAUCGACAUCACCAUCAAAUUCAAUCACUUAUCCGUCAACUCAAUAUGAGCAUGCAGUCCCUAUUAAGGGGACUAUGGAGACUCUAAUACCUUCGAAGCCCCCGCCAUUACCUCCAUUACCGCUUUCAGAGCCUAUAAAACCAUUAACACCAGCCAAUACACUUGUUGAAGAAUCUGCACCAUCAAGUAGCCCUUCAAGCACCGACAAAUCUAAAGCAGUGUUACACAGAAUUCGUGCAACGACCGAAGGCGGUGAGCCGUUGAGGUCGGUGUUUCUGCCUACGAGUCUCCGACCUGAUUUUCUGCGGGUUGCUCAGACAAAUACCGAUUCUAAGCUAGAGACGUGCGGAAUGCUUUGCGGCAAGCUGAGCUUGAAUGCGUUUUUCAUCACACACUUAGUGAUACCACACCAGGAAUCCACCCCAGACACUUGUGCAACGAUCCACGAGGAAAUUUUGUUUGAUUAUUUGGAUACCAAUGAUUUGAUUCUGCUUGGAUGGAUCCACACACACCCGACCCAGUCGUGCUUCAUGUCGUCUGUUGACCUGCACACACAGAGCUCAUAUCAGUUGAUGCUCAAGGAAUCGAUUGCGAUUGUGUGUGCACCGACGCAAACGCCGUCUUGGGAUAUUUACCGACUAACAGAUCCUAAUGGCACAAGCAUUAUUCGACGGUGCCCAAAGUCAUCGUUCCACCCACAUCCUGAGCCCAACAUUUAUAAAUCGACAAUGCGUCAUGGUCAUGUGGUUAUGGGGAAAGAUCUUCCUUAUAAGCUUGUUGAUUUGAGAAGCAUCAAGCCUUCAGAUGAUUAG